AGAGUAAUAUAACAAUAUUGCCUCCCUAAUAGACUAAACCCUAAAGUGACGCCUCUACAUCACCGCCGUCCACCGCUGCACUCACUCUCGCCGCUCACCGAUCUGCCUCGCUGCUGCACUCACCCAUUCCCAUCUCUCCCUCUUACCGCCUCACCCACGUUGCCUCCGCCGCGCACCACAUCCUCUUCUCUCCCCUUACCGCCUCACCCACCUCGCCGUCGCGCUCACCGCCGGCCUACCUGCCUCACCCACCUCUUUUUUCUCUAAAUUUCGCCUUCUUUAUUUAAUUUUCUCACUGCUCCUCGCCAGUCAACAGGAAAUCAAUCCACCGGCGAUUUUAAUCCUCAAAUAUCGCUGCCGGAAACCUGGGUAUCCACUGUCAAAGCCUCGGAUCUACUCUGCACUAGUCUUCUCUGUCUUUCGUAGUCUUAUAUUGUAUUUAUAAAAGGAUGGUAUCCAUGGGCUGCUGAAGAUUGCAACCACAUUUAGUUCUGCUUGAUCAGAUUACUUGCUCAAAGCGUGUUAACUUUUGUGGAAACCCUGCCUUUCCAUCAUUAGUUGCUCUAGAAACCGAAAAAACUCAAGAACACAGGAUGGGUGAGAUUGAUGACAUUUCGGAGUCGAAAAGUGUAGUCUUCGUGACUGUUGGAACAACUAGUUUUGAUGCAUUGGUUAGAGCUGUAGACAGUCAGGAGGUCAGGGAAGCUCUGUUUAGAAAGGGCUAUACUGACCUUGUCAUUCAAAUGGGCCGGGGAUCAUACAUCCCGUCAAAGUGUAGUGGUGAAGAUGGGUCAUUAUCUGUUGAUUAUUUUACAUUUUCAUCAAGCAUAGCUGAGUAUUUGAAGUCGGCAUCUCUCGUAAUCAGUCAUGCAGGUUCUGGGAGCAUAUUUGAGACGCUCCGACUGAGGAAACCCCUGAUUGUAGUCGUGAAUGAGGAUUUAAUGGACAAUCACCAAAGUGAACUUGCUGAAGAACUGGCUGAAAGAAACCAUUUGUUCUGCGCUCGGCCUCAGACUCUUUAUGAAACCAUUUCUGCUAUGGAUCCAAAUUCUCUUGUACCUUAUCAACCCGGUGAUGCUACGCCGGUUGCUAAAUUUAUUAAUAGGUUUUUAGGUUUCGUAGAUGAAUGACUACCAAUUGUAAACUCUACUGUUUUGAAUACAGGUGGUUAUCUUAGAGAAAAACAAUGAUAUCUGUAUAAUAUACUAUUCGUCA